GAUCACCGUGGCUCGGCAAAGCGGCGAACGGACUGCUGUCCUCAGGUGGCUGGCGAAGUUUACCGGCAUCACGGAAUGGGAGCUGGACUGGGAACCCAGAUACCCGGUGCACACCCCAGGCGAAGAAACGGUGCUCCGAGAUCGCGCGCCAGCCGAAGCGCCGCAGGUGCGGCAGAAGCGGGAGCAAGCGGAAGUGAGCGACGCGGAUAGCAGUGAUGGAGGCGUAAUCUCCGAGGGCACCGACAACGAUGAGGAGAGCUCCGAUGCUGUGCGCAACGAGGAAUGGGCCAAUCGACAGCUGUGCAAGAAAAUCGCCAGGAACAAGGGCGUGAACUUGCAGCACGUGGAUUCCCUCACCAGGAACUGGGUGAAGGCACCCAUGAACAACAUCUACCGGUCCUUGCAAACGACCGUGCAGGGUGCCGUGAAGCGCUUGGCAGCUGAUCUCUACAGCGGAGAGGUCCACUUCAUGCUGGAACUUUUGCAGAAUGCAGAUGACUGCGACUUUGCCGAGGGUGUCAAGCCUUCACUCACUGUGACCUUCGAGUCUGACGUGAAGAAGUUCGGCCAAUAUACCACUUUCGAGCCAACUGUGGAGCCCAUUGCCUUCCUUGUCAUCGAGCACAACGAAAAAGGAUUCCGUGAUUUCAACAUCCGCGCACUCUGCGACAUCGCCCAGUCUACCAAAACUGGCGACGAGCGGAAGUACAUCGGAGCCAAAGGCAUUGGCUUCAAGUCUGUCUUCUGCGCCACUUCUACUCCCAUCGUGCACUCGGGACCUUUCCAUUUCCACUUUGACUCGGAAGCCCUGGGCGGACUUGGCUAUCUGAUUCCGUUUCCACUGGGCCGUCCGGGCGGCUUCCACCUCGGAACGCGGCUCGUGCUUCCGCUCUACGACCAGCCCACCACCGACCUGUGCCGACGAAUUGUGGAGGAUCUGAAACCCGAGCUCUUGCUCUUCUUGCGGAAGCUGGAGGAGAUCAGAGUGGUGGACAGCCAAUCCGAAGUGGAGCGAGUGAUACGCAAAGAGUCUGCCAGCGACGGGGCCAAUGACAAUGUGAAACUUUGCGCUCAGACCGUCUUCAACAAGGACAGCACGCCCAAGGAGAAGACGUCAACGUCAACGCAAGAAUGGCAUGUCCACAGAAAGCCGGUCAACUUGCCAAAGGCACUGGCACGGGAUGGCCAGAGGGCAACUGACUUGCAGAUUGCGUUCUGCCAGACCACCGAGAACGUCAUGGAACAGCGCCCGGCCUUUGCAUGGCUGCCCUUGCGCUCGUAUGGGUUUCGGUUUAUCUUGCAAGCAGACUGGGCCGUGCCAUCCUCCCGAGAAGCCAUCCUCGCGGAAAACCAGCUGAACCAAUGCUUGAGGCGUGAGCUCCCCAACGUCUUCUGCAACUUGAUUGAGGUUCUUGCUUCCAAUGCCCUAAAGUUGCCGGACAUCACUGAACGCCUGAUUGCGUUCAAGCGUAUCUACGCACUGAUUCCCCUUCCCGGCGAGACUGCCGAUUUCUUUGUGGACUCCCCCCGGAGCAUUGUGCAGGUUCUUUCGAAGCGGAACUUCGUGCUGGCUUUUGACAAGGGCAGCUACCAGUUGGUUUCGCCCACAGAGGUUGUUCGCCCGGAGCUUCCAAAGGGCGUUGAUACGCACUUGAGCGCUGAGGUCAAGAAAGAGCUGGAGGGAGUGCUGAAUCGAGGCAGGCGUUACAUCCCGACGGAAGCCUUGAGUGGCCAGCUGGCUGCAGCUCUCCACAUACCGGACCUCAAUGACGGCAUUGCUUUCGAGUGCUUGAGCCGACUUUCCCGCGAGGACAAGGAUAAACCUGCGAGGACGAGAUCCGAUGCCGACCUUGGUUUGCUCCACUUGCUCUUCCAUGUCGCGGCGUCAAACGUUGCCCAGCCGGCGCUGAUGCAAAAUCUCCGCAGGCUGCCGGCAAUCCCGACAGAGAGCGGCAAGUUGCAUUCAGCAGCAGACAAAGUGUACAUGGUGGACGAAGCCAUGGCGAAAACUCUGCAGGGCUAUGCUGAGGGACUCAACCUACGAUUUCGGCACAUGAUGCAUGCGAAAGUGGAGGGCCUGUUCAAGCAGCUGGGAGUUUUACGAACAGAUGGUCCAAGCUUCCUCAAG